ACCACCUUCCUUCCUCUUCCUCUGAACCCCUCCCUCUCCCUGCCGUCUCUCCAUCUCCCAUGCCAUAGAUCUGCUGCCGCUCUCCAUCACCUGCUUUCGUGGUUCCGCCGGAUCUGAUCAUGGAGGCGGUGGAAGACACCAAUCUGGAAGCCGCGAUCGGCUGGCUCACAGAUACCAUCCUCUCGAAUCUCCCAGCCGGCGGCAAGCUGGACUCAUGGAUCGGGCAAGCUGGCCUCGGCAACGACAUCGGGAAGCUCAAGUCUGAGGUGGAGGCGGUGGAGAUGGUGGUUUCUGCUGUGCAGGGGAGGGCGGCCGGGAACAAACCGCUGGCCCGAUCUCUCGCGGCCGUCAAGGAGCUGCUCUACGACGCCGACGAUGUGGUCGACGAGCUGGACUGCUACAGGCUGCAGCAGGAGCUCGAGCCAGAGACACUGCUCCAAACGGAUGGACAUGCUGGAGCGCAGCAAGUUGAGAGAUCUAGAGAAAAUGAUGACGAUGUACAGAGCAGCGGUAAUAGCAGGUUCCAAUCCAAGGAAUGGAAUCACUUCGAAAUCACAGAGUUUGAACAAAACGGAGGGCGUGCCAGAGCAAGAUGUAAGAGCUGUCAAACAGAGGUUAUGUGCGAAACCAAUAAGGGGAUAUUAGUUUUGCGCAAUCAUUUCAAAAGCAAAGGUUGUCGCCAGAGACGUGGAGCAAGUGACCCUUCUUCAAGCACCACUGAUGCUACUACAGUUCCUAUGCCUGUUGCAACUGGCAAUUCGUUCAGCAGAGAAAGGAUGAGAACCGGUCAGGAGUCAACACACAUCACCGCAGCUAACCCAAACGGGUGGAACAAGGACGAAUUUUCCGAAAGGAUACAAGACAUUACUUGUCAGCUGCAAGAUGGACGAGAGGCUAUCACAAGGCUUCUCAAGAUACUUGGGUCCGGUGGUGCAAUAUCAAAUACCUGUCAGAGUACAAUCUCAGAUCCAUGCCGAAGAACAUCAAGUCUUGUUCAAGGGAAAGUGUAUGGGAGAGAUGAAGAGAAGAGAUCCAUCAAAUCACUGAUAAAAGAACACAAAGCAACCGUCGGUUUAACUGUUCUGCCUAUUGUAGGCAUCGGAGGAGUUGGGAAGACAGCUCUUGCUCAGCUUGUAUACAAUGAUCCAGCUGUGGAAAGCCAAUUUGAUCACAAGAUAUGGAUUUGGGUGUCUAAUAAAUUUGAUGAAAUGAGACUGACAAGAGAGAUGUUAGAUCACGUCUCCCAAGAAACACAUGAUGGCAUAUGCAGCUUUUCCAAGCUCCAGGAGGUCUUGAAGGAUCAUAUCAAAUCAAAGAGGGUUCUACUUAUUUUAGAUGAUCUCUGGGAAGGCAUGGAUGAUGGCCGAUGGAACAAAUUGUUAGCUCCUUUCAGUUCUGAUGGUGCAACUGGCAAUAUGAUAAUACUGACAACAAGAAAACCGUUUGUUGCCAAAAAGAGAGGUACAACUGGACCAAUUAACUUAGAUGGUCUGAAAAAUGGUGAUUUUUGGCCAAUGUUUAAAGCAUGUGCAUUUGGUGAUGAGAAUUAUAAAGAGCAAGAAAGUCUAAGUGAUUUAGGACAGAAAAUAGCAGGAUGGUUGAAAGGAAACCCAUUAGCAGCACAAACUGUUGGGGCACUACUAAGAGAUCAUCUUACUAUGGAUCAUUGGAGUAACAUUCUGAACACUGAAGAUUGGAAAUCCCUACAACACACUGCUGGUAUUAUGUCUGCCUUAAAGCUUUCCUAUGAUGAGUUGCCCUACCCUGUAGGGCAAUGCUUCUCAUAUUGUUCCAUAUUGCCCUACAACUAUCCAUUUCUUGCUGAGGAGCUAGUUCAUGUUUGGAUUUCACAAGGAUUUGUGAAGCGUGAUCAUUCAAGUAAGAGUUUGGAGGAUAUGGGACGGUACUAUCUUACUGACUUGGUGAACCGGGGCUUGUUUGAGAAGGUUGAACUUCAAUGCCAAACUUACUAUGCCAUUUGCGGCCUGAUGCAUGAUUUUGCAAGGCUGGUUUCAAGAACAGAGUGUGCAGUUUUGGAUGGUUUGCAAUGCGAUGAAAUUUUGCCAACUGUACACCAUUUGUCCAUAACAACCGGUUUUGUAUAUCAGAGGGAUGGUCAGACUGGGAAUAUACCUCGUAAUGAGUGGUUUGAACUUUCAUUGCAAAGUAUAGUCGCAUCAGUGAGAAAACUGAGAACAUUGGUGUUAAUUGGGGAAUAUGACUCCUUUUUCUUCAAAGCAUUCCAAGAUGUCUUUGAAGAAGCACAUAAUCUGCGUCUGCUGCAAAUGUCUGCAACAUCUCCUGAUUUUAAUUCCUUUCUGUGUAGCUUGGCAAAUCCUACACAUCUUCGGUAUCUAAAAAUUCAGGAUGGCCAUACUGAGCAGAAGGCUUUGCCUCGUGUUUUGAGCAAGUUCUUCCAUCUUCAAGUAUUGGAUGUUGUUUUCUUUAAAUCAUUGCAUACGGUUCAUCUAGAGGAUUGCGGAGAAUGGAUAAUACUUCCAUCUCUGGAAAUGCUUCGGUUUCUUAAAAGGUUGAAGUUGAGCAACAUGCGGAGACUAAGAGAAGUAUUAGUUCCGCCAUUGGAGGAACUGGUUUUAGAUCGAAUGCCAGAUUUACAGAUAUGUUCCUGUACUUCUGUGGGGGAUAUGAAGUCUAGUUUAAGGUUGUUGGAGAUCUGGAGUUGCUCUGCACUUGAGGUGUUUGAUUUGUUUCAGAAAGGUUAUAACUAUGAAACAGAGCUUAAGUCACCGAUGCCCAGCCUGAGGAAACUCAUUAUGGUCGGUUGCCCUCGUUUGCAAGUACAGACCCCUCUUCCGCCUUCAGCCACACUUUCUAAACUAAUAAUCACUAGUGUUUCAACAAUUAUGUCAAUGGAGAGACUUUCCAUGGAAACAUUAAAGCUUUAUGGAUAUGGACUUCCAAGUGAGAUGAUGGCAGUCGAUGAGAAAAUUUUGGCAUUCAGUAAUCUUAAGGAUGUAAAAUACUUGGAGAUAUUGUCAGGCAAAAGCAUGACAUCUAUUUCAUUCAAAGGUUUAAGUCAGCUCAUCUCUUUAAAGAGUUUGAAAAUAGAGUACUGCAGAGAACUUUUCUCUUCAGAUGUUGUGCCUGCAAAUGAGGAUGCUCUUCCAUCUCUUGAAAGUCUUUAUAUUAGAGAUUGUGGAAUAACAGGGAAGUGGCUAUCUCUGAUGCUGCGACAUUCACCAGCCCUGAAGGAAUUGACUUUAUAUGAAUGCCCGCAGUUGAAACAGCUAAAGAUAGAAGAGGAAGGAAAGGUUCAAUCAAACUUUAUCUCAGCUUCCGAGGCUUCGUCAUCAGGAUAUGUAGAUGAUGCAUGGCCAAGCUCAGAUGUUGACGGAGUCGUGCACAUUCCGCUGAAUCUCACAAAGAUAACCAUUGGUAAAUGCCCUCAUCUAAUAUUUGAGGGGAGUAGGGAAGAUUUGGUUGGAUUUACCUCCCUUGAUGAAGAUGCCCAAGAGAAGGGAAGAUGUCUCCUCCCUCAAUCACUCCAUCAACUUGUUUGGACUGGUUGUCCCCAAAAGACAAUGCGGCCCUGCUUUGUGGGGAAUCCCACGUGCCUCAGAAAAUUGGAAUUAAAUGGAGGAAGCUUAGAAUAUUUACAGGUGGAUUCCUGUACGGCGUUAGAAGAAUUGGAAGUUGAAAAUUGUCAUUUGCUCGUCGCUAUAGAGGGCAUACAGUCACUUGGAACACUCAGGUCUUUGGUAUUGCUUGUGAACUCAAGCAUGGAAUCUCUACAGCUACAUUCGUGCACGGCGCUGGAACGUUUGGAAAUUCAGUACUGCAGUUCGCUCGUCUCACUAGAGGGCUUGCGAUCCCUCGUGAACCUCAAGCAUUUGAAAAUACUCUAUUCCCCUGCCUUGGGUUCCCUUACCCCAUUGGAGAGUUAUGAGCCAAUUGAGGGAAUUUCAAGUCAUAGCUAUGAGUUAUUCCCUGCACUGGAAAGUCUCGAGGUCCAUGAUUUGUCUCCCCUUAACGCGUCAUUCUGCAAGGGCCUCACCUGCCUCCGAAGCCUAAUGCUUAUUGAAUUGGAUGCAACGAGGCUAACAGAUGAGCAAGAGAGAGCGCUUCUGCUCCUCAGGUCCCUGCAAGAGCUCUGCUUUGUUGAGUGUGAGGAUCUCGUACAUCUUCCUGCGGGCCUGCAUGGCCUCCAUUCCCUCAAUACGUUGAAGAUCAUAAGUUGUAGUAGCAUCUCAGGGCUUCCGAAGGAGGGCCUUCCACCUUCACUGGAAAAACUGGAGAUCUACGACUGCAGCGACGAGUUAUCAGAAGGAUGCAGAUCACUUGCAACAAGCAAGCUAGAGGUCGAAAUUGAUGGGUGCUAUGUGAACUGAUCGCUGAGUAACUUUCUAAGGCUCGGUUUCACUUCAGAACCUCGUCCUCACGUGGUCAUGAUAACGGUGUUUUACACUCACAAUCUCAACAUUUUGUUCCCCACUCGUUGGGUCAGAAAUGGGGAUUCAUGCUGCCGGAAAAGCCUCUAUUUUCGCUGUCAUAUAAAAUAAAAUGAAAAAGAAGAUAGAUAACGCUGGGAGGUCAGUUGAUAAUCAGAACCUCAUACCCAUGUGGCCAUCUUUGAUUUCGAUGUCUCGAUAAUCAGUACCUCUCUUCUCCAGUUGCUGGGGUUUCAGAAAACAAACUGGGGAUUUAUGCUGCCAUGUCGGAAAAGCCUACCUACUAUUGUGCUGCCAUAUCAGAAAUCUGAAAUCUUCAACAGUUCCUUGACUGCAUUCAGAAGACAGAUCCAGAGAUGCUGGGACAGGAAUUUGAUGAUGAGACCAGACCAAUAUGCUAGGAUUGAUCGAACUCGUAUCUCCCUCCGUCAGAAAUUUGUGAUAGCCUUGCCAGAGGACGUACAUUCUCAACUUGUUGGCCUAUUGUCAGUGCAUUUGUUUGUAUUCUGGUAUUGACGGUGGUUUGUUGUCUUGCGUUUAUUUUCAGUGGCAAAGUCGCAUUUCUUGUCAACCUUAUUUUUUUUCUGCCGAAUGCAGUUUUUGAACAUCAUCAACUUGCUAGAUGAUGGUGUGCUACCAUUUCAGAAGAAUGCCUUCCUUUAUACACGUUGCUGGAUUACCAUUUUUAUGUUGGGAAGAAUGCCUUCUUUAGGUCAAGCGACGAUGUCUUCGAGAGUUCUUGCAAAGUUGCCCCUGCGGCG